AUGACCAUGGGAGAUGCAGCCAAACCUUAUUUUGUGAAGCGUGCUAAGGACCGGGGAGCUGCGGAAGAUGAGGAUUUCAGAAGGGGUCACCCUCAACAAGAUUAUUUAGUAACGGAUGAUUGUGCGAAAGGCCAUAGCAAUAAAAUGGAAAAAGGCCUUCCUAAGAGAAAAAUAACGCCGGGGAACUAUGGGAACACUCCUAGAAAAGGACCGUAUGCCGUUUCCAGCAAUCCUUAUGCAUUUAAAAACCCGAUUUACAGUCCACCCCUUUGGGUAAACGACAACCACAGAGAUCAGAGUAAAAGAUGGCUGUCAGAUGAACUCGCUGGUAAUUCGGAGAGUUGGCGAGAAUACAAACUAGGACCUAGAAUUCCUGUGAUGAACCGGCCGAGAAGAGAGCCCUUUCAAGAAAGUGAGGAUGGAUAUCGGUGGCAAGAUGGAAGAGGCUGCAGAACUGUAAGGCGGUUGUUUUAUAAAGACCCAACAAGCCCGGAAACCAUGUCAGAAGUGGAAGCAGGAAGCCACGAAGACAAGAGGCAGAAGUCCAGACCUAGGAAGCCACGGAGGACUAGAAAUGGGGAAAGUGACCUGGACGGGGAGUUGGAAGGCCCUGUGAUUGACGAGUCUGUGCUUUCAGCAAAGGAGCUCCUGGGUUUACAGCAGGCUGAGGAGCGAUUGAAAAGGGACUGCAUUGACAGGCUGAAAAGGCGACCAAGAAACUACCCUACAGCAAAGUAUACCUGCAAACUUUGUGAUGUUUUCAUUGAAUCCAUUCCAUUUGCCCAUAAGCAUAUCAAAGAGAAGAGGCACAAGAAAAACAUUAAGGAGAAGCAGGAGGAAGAGUUGCUCACUACAUUACCACCGCCUACACCCUCCCAGAUAAAUGCAAUUGGCAUUGCCAUUGACAAAGUUGUACAGGAGUUUGGAUUACUCAAUGAGAACUUGGAACAGAGACUAGAAAUUAAACGUAUUAUGGAAAAUGUGUUUCAACACAAGUUACCAGAAUGUUCUCUAAGAUUAUAUGGGUCAUCCUGUAGCCAGUUGGGUUUCAAAAAUUCGGAUGUAAACAUUGACAUUCAGUUUCCAGCCAUUAUGUCCCAGCCAGAUGUUCUCCUACUUGUUCAGGAAUGUUUAAAGAACAGUGAUUCUUUUAUUGAUGUUAAUGCAGAUUUUCAUGCUAGGGUGCCAAUGGUGGUGUGCAAAGAAAAGAAAAGUGGUCUUAUUUGUAAAGUGAGUGCAGGAAAUGAACAUGCUUGUCUGACAACAAAUCACUUAUCUGCCCUUGGAAAACUAGAACCAAAACUGGUUCCUUUGGUGAUUGCAUUUAGGUACUGGGCAAAGCUUUGCAGCAUAGAUCGCCCUGAAGAAGGAGGUUUGCCACCAUAUGUGUUUGCCCUGAUGACUGUCUUCUUUCUUCAACAGAGGAAAGAGCCCCUUCUGCCUGUUUAUCUAGGAUCAUGGAUUGAAGGAUUCUCAUUAAAUAAACUAGGCAACUUCAACCUAAAAGAUAUUCAGAAAGACGUCGUGGUCUGGGAAUACACUGAUAAUGCCACAGGGGAUGCAGGCACAACAAAAGAAGAGGCACAAAAAAAGAUACCUGUUCAAACAGGACAGGUAUCAUUAAUAUUUGAUUUAAAACACCAGCCUUCAGUGCCAGUUGGGCAGCUCUGGGUGGAAUUGCUUCGAUUCUAUGCUUUAGAAUUUAAUUUGGCUGACUUAGUGAUAAGUAUCCGAGUCAAAGAAAUGAUAUCUCGUGAAUCAAAGGAUUGGCCCAAAAAGCGCAUUGCCAUCGAAGAUCCCUACUCUGUUAAAAGGAAUGUGGCAAGAACCCUAAAUAGUCAACCUGUGUUUGAAUACAUACUUCAUUGUUUAAGAACAACAUAUAAAUAUUUUGCUCUUCCACACAAAAUUACAAAAUCUAGCCUUCCGAAGCCUCUGAGUACUGUUACAUGUUCAGGACAUUCUAAAGAAGUAGCAAAGCAUGAUCCAGAUUUACAAGCAAAAAAUGAUAAACUCAAAAACUCAGUUGUUGUUCAAGGUCCCAGUGCUCCCAGUUCAACUGCAACUACCUCCAAGGCACAGCCAGUUACUCUCAAAGACACUGCUGAAAGCUUUGGAAGCCCACCAGCAAAGGGAAUAGGAAGCAGAGACAUCAAUGUUCUGCUGGAAAACAGAGAUUGUAUCGAGGUAGAAGUUACUUGUGAUGAUCAUGAGGAUGUUAAUGUACACCACGGAGAAACUGGAAGUAAAGCUGAGAAAGAAAAAAUUGGAAGGGAGGGCAAGCAUCCUUUGACUGCUGAUGCUCAAGAUUUAAGCAGUAGCAAACAUGGAGAGCCUCUCACCUCUGGUAGCACAGGAAAUACUGAGACAGAUUGCACUUUGGAUGUAGAAGGUUUCCAAAGCUCUACAGCUAAAGAAUGUGAUGGAUUUGCUACUUUAGGUAAUAACGUAGAUGUUGAUGUACUAGAAGACUGUCCAAGCCACCUUGCCCCUUUAAAAGGGGGCCAGACAUCAGGAGUCAUUCACUCUGGUGAAGAGAAGGAGGAGGGCGUUACCCGAAAAGAAGAUGAGAAGGAUGGUGUUAAUGUAGAUGGGUUAGACAAUGCCUACACCAGAUCAGGGGAUGAGGAUGCCCUAUCUGAAGAGAAUGAGGAGGUAGGCGAGUCUAAGUGUGAAGACUCGAAAGAAUGUGGGAAAGAGGUGGAUGGAGCUCUACUAACAGAACUUAAUAAAAUCAGUCUUAAGGAGGAAAAUGUAUGUGAAGAAAAUUCAACCAUGGAUCCAUCUAACUUCUAUGAAUUUAGUAAGCUCACCUUCACCAAAGGCAAGUCCCCUACAGUAGUGUGCAGUUUAUGCAAACGAGAGGGUCAUCUAAAGAGGGAAUGUCCUGACGACUUCAAAAGAAUCCAGUUGGAACCUUUGCCACCAUUGACACCCAAAUUUACAGCUAUCUUAGAUCAAGUUUGUAUCCAGUGUUAUAAGGAUUUUUCUCCGACUAUUUUAGAAGAUCAAGCUCGUGAACAUAUUCGGCAAAACCUAGAAAGUUUCAUAAGACAGGAGUUUCCAGGAACUAAAUUGAGCUUGUUUGGCUCCUCCAAAAAUGGAUUUGGGUUCAAACAGAGUGAUCUUGACGUCUGUAUGACAAUUAAUGGACUUGAAACUGCUGAGGGAUUGGACUGUGUAAGAACUAUUGAAGAAUUGGCCAGAGUCCUCAAAAAACAUUCAGGUCUGAGAAACAUCUUGCCUAUUACAACAGCAAAAGUGCCAAUUGUAAAGUUCUACCAUUUGAGAAGUGGUUUGGAAGUGGACAUCAGUUUGUAUAACACAUUGGCCCUUCAUAACACAAGGCUCUUAUCUGCUUAUUCAGCCAUUGAUCAAAGAGUGAAAUAUUUAUGCUAUACCAUGAAAGUUUUUACAAAGAUGUGUGAUAUUGGUGAUGCAUCCAGAGGCAGCUUAUCAUCAUAUGCAUACACACUUAUGGUGCUAUAUUUUCUCCAGCAGAGGAAUCCACCAGUUAUUCCUGUCCUUCAAGAGAUAUACAAAGGUGAAAAGAAACCUGAAAUAUUUGUUGAUGGCUGGAAUAUUUAUUUUUUUGAUCAAAUAGAUGAACUGCCCACCUAUUGGCCCGAAUAUGGAAAAAAUAAAGAAAGUGUUGGGCAGCUCUGGUUGGGACUUCUUCGUUUCUACACAGAGGACUUUGAUUUUAAAGAACAUGUUAUUAGCAUCAGAAGAAAAAGUCUGGUUACAACUUUUAAGAAACAGUGGACCUCAAAAUACAUUGUCAUUGAAGAUCCCUUUGAUUUGAAUCAUAAUCUUGGAGCUGGAUUAUCAAGGAAAAUGACCAAUUUUAUAAUGAAAGCAUUUAUUAAUGGUAGAAGAGUAUUUGGUAUUCCAGUCAAAGGAUUACCAAAGGACUACGCCUCAAAAAUGGAAUACUUUUUCGAUCCAGAUGUGCUAACUGAAGGAGAGCUGGCCCCAAAUGACAGAUGUUGCCGAAUUUGUGGGAAAAUUGGACACUUCAUGAAAGACUGUCCUUUGAGGAGAAGAGCGAGGCGACGGCGAGAUCAGGAAGAUACCCUAAACCAAAGAAACCCUGAGAACAAAGACAAAAGAAGCAAAGAUGACAAAGAGGUUCAAAACAAGUGUGCAGAGAGGGAGGUCUCAUCAAAAGAGGAGAGGCCCGUGCAGAACACGCCUCAGAAAGCCAAGCUGGUGAAGGCAGUUGUCGAUCUGGGGAGAGAGAGGAUGCUCAGGUCACCAGUGGAAAAGUGGAAGAGACAGGAUGACAAGGACUUGAGAGAAAAACGUUGUUUUAUUUGUGGACGAGAGGGGCACAUUAAAAAGGAAUGCCCGCAGUUCAAAGGCUCUUCAGGUAGCCUUUCCAGUAAAUAUAUGACUCAGGGAAAAGCCUCAGUGAAGAGGACCCAGCAGGAAUCAUGA